CGAUCGAAUAUUCGCUCGUUGCAGAGCGUCUAAAUUAAAACUUUUUCCUUGGCUCGGUCGCGAUAGCAUGGAGAAAAAUCAGAUAUUACAGACGGCCGAAAGAGGAUAUUUCAUCGAAGUAAAAGAUAUUUCGGUUUAAUCCGAAAAUACCUCGACAGCGGCUCGAGAAAAGACUGCAUAUGUGGCGCCUACGGCCACAGGGCAAACCCGGAGAGCUCGCAUCAGCGACACGCACACAUCAGUCGAGUCUGGUAUGCGGGGCCGCGAGGAAGGGAUAGAAGAGAGAGAGAGAGCGACUGGAGAGACGGAACAACGCAUCGUAUACUGCUGCUGCCUCAACUUGCCUAGUGGCCAAUCGCCGUUUGCUCCGACACACCCUUUAAAUGUUCAUUUUUUUUCUCGGACCACGAAUGGAUCAAGUACACGAAUUCAUCGGGCCUAAUAUAAAGUGAUACCGGAGGUGUUGCUCGAGGCCGUUAGUGCGUCCACGGGCUCCGUGCAGCUCGUGUUUUUCCUCUCAUCGUAGUCCGUGGCCUGGCGAGUCGUCGCUUGACGACGGGUGAACGGUGUCAUGACGGAACAACAAAUGGACUGUGCUUUGGACCUAAUGCGUAGGCUGCCACCUCAGCAGAUCGAGAAGAAUCUGAGUGAUCUCAUCGAUUUAGUUCCCUCGCUGUGCGAAGACUUACUCUCAUCUGUUGAUCAGCCGCUGAAAAUAGCAAAGGAUAAGGAAUCUGGAAAGGAUUACCUACUUUGCGACUACAAUCGUGAUGGAGACUCUUACAGAUCUCCCUGGAGUAAUACUUACGAUCCUCCACUGGAGGAUGGCUCCAUGCCAUCCGAAAGGUUAAGAAAGUUGGAGAUCGACGCCAAUAAUGCAUUUGACCAGUAUCGAGAAUUGUACUUUGAGGGUGGUGUGUCUUCUGUGUAUCUGUGGGACUUGGACCACGGCUUUGCUGGUGUUAUAUUAAUUAAGAAGGCUGGGGAUGGCUCAAAAAAAAUUAAAGGAUGUUGGGACUCUAUACACGUCGUUGAAGUACAGCACAAAUCCUCCAGCAGAAAUGCGCACUACAAACUCACUUCUACCGCGAUGCUCUGGUUGCAGACCAAUAAACAUGGCUCGGGCACAAUGAACCUUGGUGGAAGCCUUACAAGACAGGUUGAACAGGAUGCCGCCGUUAGCGAAACGUCUCCUCACAUUGCAAAUAUAGGCCGCAUGGUGGAAGAUAUGGAAAACAAGAUACGAAAUACCUUGAACGAAAUCUACUUUGGUAAAACCAAAGAUAUUGUCAAUGGUCUGAGGUCAGUUCAGCCACUGGCUGAUCAAAGGCAGCAAGCUGCUUUGAGACAAGACUUAGCCGCGGCAUUACAAAGGCGAAACGCAAACAAUUGAUCUCAAGAAGAGCAAGAGAACUUUGAUUACGAUUGUGAUUAGAAAAAAAAGAAAAAAAGAUACAAAUCAAGUACGACUUGCGUCUUACACAUUAAAUCGCUAAACUUUGUUAUUACGUCUAGAGGUAAAGAAGACAUGGAGUUUAUUAUUGAGCUACUGAAGGUGCUCAAACAUCGGUAAUUUCUUGAAAAAAAAAAUACAAGUGCAAGUACUGAGUUCGACUAUACAGUCGAUGAGUAGUUAGCCGAUGUAUUUCUACUAAUAAAACGCAUUUUGUUACAAAAUUCCACAGAGGAGUUUUGGUAUGUUUUUGCAAACGAUGAAA